AUGCAGUUGAGCAUUCUUAGGAGUUCAGUAGGACGAAUUUUAUCAUUAGCAACAAGGAGGCCUGUCAACCUAACUACUUUCUCAAAUUAUUCAACGAAAACAGUCAAAUUCAUUAGUGGAUCAGAAACAUUUGUUGGCAGCGGAAGAGAAGGAGAUACUUUGUUAGAUGUUGUAAUUAACAAUGACCUUCCUCUCGAUGGAUUUGGAGCCUGCGAAGGAACAUUAGCGUGUUGUACAUGCCAUGUUAUUUUAACGCCAGAACAUUUCCAGAGGGAAGAUGAUGUGAACCCAGCAUCGGAGGAAGAGAUGGAUUUAUUAGAUUUGGCUCCUGACCUCAGCGAUCAGUCGAGGCUGGGUUGUCAAAUAAAAUUACUUAAGGAAGAUACUGUUAUAGAAGUUGUUGUGCCUACUGCGAAACGGGAUGCUCGAGCUCUUGACUAA